AUGUUUCAUCUGCAGGUCUUUCUCAACAAAAUCGUUACAGGAUCAAAACCUGCUGGUGUACCUGGUCUGCGAAAUCUGGGCAACACUUGUUAUGCAAAUGCACUUCUUCAGGGUAUAUCGAGCCUUCCCUCAAUGGUGCGAUGGCUGAAGGAAAUCGACACUUCCACGAGCGAAUUGAAGUAUGGAUUUCUGGAUGAGCUAAAGGAGGUUGUGUUAAGUGAGUUCAGUUCUACUUCCUCUGGUUUCCUGGAACAAAUGAUCAAAAGAUCAAACUUGACUGGGAAUCUAUAUAUUUUGGCAUGCAGAUGCAUUCGUAGGCUCAAAAGUCUCAGCUAUGCUUCAGAGGAGCUAGCUUUGCCUUGUUUGGUCUUGCGAAGUUUAUGGUUGUGGGAGCGGUAAUG